UUCUUCUUCACAUAAAUUCGCUACUUUGCAUAUUUUAUUUCACCACAAAUAAAAACAAGGACGCUGUCAGGUGAUUCCACGUGAGAGCGAGCUCCGAUCUAAGUUAUCGAUAUCAGCAAGGAAUUUUGCGAGCCGGCCAGCCGGAUAAGAACAACAUCCUCUAAUAAAAAAAAUGUUCCUCUUAAUCACAUAUACAAAGUGCUUUGAUUAAAGAACAACAUCCUCUUCAUCUCUUUUCGGGUCCCUCUUGAGUUCUUAAUUGGGCUUCUUGCAGCCCUGUGUCAACUCUCAAAUGGCAGGGGAGGCGAUAUUAUUCUCCGACGAUAUCAUCGCCAACAUCCUCGCCUGGCUUCCUCCAAAGAAUGCCGCUCGUAUGCGGCUCGUCUGCAAGCAAUGGCAUGCCGUGACAUCGGAGCACCAUUUCAUGCACACAAACUUCUCGAGGAGCAGAGACGGCCACUCCGUUGCCGGCUUCUUCCUCAGCAACGAGCUCCACAAGAAGUUCAGCUACAAUCCUCUACGCGACAGUAGCGCCACGCAUCCCGCUGCUCCCGACCUCUCGUUCGUCCCGGAGAGCGGCUCCACCGUCCCGCGCAAGAUCAACGUCACCAGCUCGUGCAACGGGCUGCUCCUCUGCCGCCGGCCGAUGGAUAGCAGCGUCGCCUCCGGGGCGCGCUGGUGCUGCUACUACGUCUGCAACCCGGCCACCAAGAGGUUCGUCGAGAUACCCACGCCGCCGGACGGCCGCGGGCGCCACCUGAACCUGGCUUACGACCCGUCCAGGUCGCCGGUGUACAAGGUCGUCGCGCUGGGGCUCGCCGGCGUCCACGUGUACUCCUCCCAGGCUCGGUCAUGGAGGGCGGCGCUCCGUUACGAGCGCGGCAGCAACCCGUUCGCGGGGAUCCACCACUCCCGGGGCGUGCACUGGAACGGCUCGCUGGUGUGGGUGACAUCGCGCUCGCGCUCCCUGCUCCGCUUCGCCGUCGACGACGGGGAAGGAGAGCUGAGCAGCCUGCCGAUGCCGCCGGCGAGGCAUCUGCAGCCGGAGAAUCGCUGGAUCUGCGGUUACCUCGGGGUCGGGGAGUCAGCUGGUGCCGGCCGGGGCCACCUCCGGAUGAUCGGCUACACGGAGGAGGAGAAGCUCGCCGCCCGCUUCGACGUGGUGGGGAUGGCGGGAGACUGCCGCGAGUGGCGCGUGCUGUACCGCGUCGACCUCACGCGCAUGAAGGAGUUGUACCCGGAUAUACAGCGGAAAACGCGGAAGCACCACCUGAUCUGGCCGCGCCGCGCUAGGCUAGUCGACUGCCUGGAUCUCUGGCCGCUGCACGUCGCCGAGCACGGUAGCUUGCUGCUCUUCGGAAUUCCGGGCAAGAUCAUGGCUUACGGCAUGGAGGACCAGGCGAUUUCGGUGGUCUGGGAAGAUGCCGCGCCGCCACAACCUCGGUUCUUCCGCUACGCUUGGUUCGACUUUUAUCCGUACACCGCAGGCUUGUUUGCCGUGUAACAAGUUCAGUUUUGUUUGAGAAGAAAAGGGCCGUUUUUGGGCUCUUUGUUUGGUGGAUAUCAGGAUGGCAGGAUAUACGUGACAAAUACUUACAACUAGGCGCUAAAUGCUGUAUUUUGCGUCAAAAACACUUGCGUACUUUCGAUGGCAAUGAUCUUCGCCGGAGGUUGCCGGAGCUCCGCCGGCACCCACUUGAACCGCUCCA